UGCUUUAAGAUUUGAGAGGCGCUAACCUUAUGGCACGGGCUCCUCUGCCUGGCACGAGCGCCAGUGUUUCUAGCGAGUGGAAGUUUUUUCUUCUCUUCAGGAAUCUGUGAGCAGGCUCCACCCAGCAAGCUAAUUAUUUCCAGGAGAAGAAAUUGCAUUCACCUGGCAGGCUCUGGAAGCUCAUUAACUGUGAUAUGUGCAGAGUAUUCUUCUUAGGAAAGCUGAAGCACAUCUUCCUUCUGCCGCGGUGAUAGACUCAUUUGAAAGCUGCAUGCUUCUUGCAGUGCCUUCAGCUCUGGAGAAAACCCCUCCCGAGAGCUUGUUUCCUGCAAAAAGCAGUGCCUGCGGCCACGUUAAAUGACUCCAUGAUGAUGUGGGGCCUGUAAUUAGCCUGUGUCAAUAUCCUGUUGCAAGUCCAUCUCUAGGCAGGUUUCUCCUAGGCUGCUCUUCUGCAAAGCGUACGCUGUGCGACUGCAGGUUGCAGUUAUUGCAUGGUUUUCCAUUUAAGACAAAGAUCUGACACAAUUUUUCUGACUGCUCUGAUACCUUUCUUUGUACUGGAAAUCCGAGGUGCAGCAGCAACUCACAGCACAUUUGACGCCUUACUGGCAGACCUGGAAUCCACCACCUCGCAUAUCUCUAAGCGACCAGUGUUUCUAACAGAGGAAACGCCUUACUCCUACCCAACUGGAAACCACACGUACCAGGAGAUUGCUGUGCCACCACCGGUGCCUCCGCCGCCUUCCAGUGAGGCCCUGAAUGGCACUGUGAUUGACCCCUUGGACCAGUGGCAGCCCAGCGUAUCCAGAUACGCCCACCAGCAACCUCAGUCCCAGUCUCCGAUAUACAGCUCUAGUGCCAAAAGCUCCGGUGCCUCUGCUCCUAGAGACGGGCUCAGCUCCCCUUCUCCCCGUGCCAGUGAGGAGGAACACGUCUACAGCUUCCCAAACAAGCAGAAGUCUGCAGAACCAUCUCCCACCAUGACCAGCACCUCUCUGGGCAGCAACCUCUCGGAACUGGACAGGCUUCUCCUAGAACUGAAUGCUGUUCAACAUAAUCCCUCCAGUGGCUUCCCAGCAGAUGAAGUCAGCAGAAGCCCAUCCCUGCCCAACGUGACCGGACCUCACUAUGUCGUCCCAGAGAGCAGCAGCUCUGCAGGGGGGAAGGCUGCACCCCCUACAAAAGAAAAACCAAAGCGAAAUGGUGGGCGUGGGAUCGAAGAUGUGCGUCCCAGUGUGGAGAGCCUGCUGGAUGAGUUGGAGAGCUCUGUGCCAAGCCCAGUCCCUGCAAUCACUGUGAGCCAAGGGGAGGUGAGCAGCCCCCAGCGUGUCACCGCCAGUCAGCAGCAGACCCGUAUCUCUGCUUCUUCAGCCACACGAGAACUGGAUGAGCUGAUGGCGUCCCUCUCUGACUUUAAGACUAUGUCUCUGAUUCCUGAACCCUCCCUAGAACCCGAUUCAGCAGAUGCAGACUCCAGCAGCAUUCCUCCCAGUUUAACCAUGCUAUCCCCUUCCAGAUGCCCUUCUGUCAGGCACAGCGGGGAUGUGGCAGUGCCAGCAGGUUCCCCCUCAGCAGUUCUCUGUGCUGAGGAAGGCAUUAGCACUGUAGUGUGGCCUGCUUCGGGGCACUGUGCCACUCUUCCACGCGUACCCUCUUUGCCACAAAUGGUCCCUGUGCCCCCUCCACGCGUCUCUUCUGUUUCUGCUACUCGUGGGGAGCAGAUGGCCUCUGCAAGUUUGGUGAGGCUGGCUGGAAAGCCUGAUUCUUCCAGGAAGACUUCCCAGGCUGUGCCCAGGGCUGAGCUGCUGUGUAGAUCUGCUAAGGUGGAGGCACAGGGCCUGGAGCUGGCAAAAGAGAGUGAGAAAAAGGAGCAGAGAAGUGACCCCAAACUCUCAAGCAUCUCAGUUUCAAACACUGGUAUAAGUGAUCAAGGGAAGGAGCAGGCAGCUAAAGAAUUGGGUCAGCAGGGAGUGUCCAGGGAUAAUUCAGCUCUUCCUUCUCAGGGCAAAAGUGUGAAAGCAGCUUUAGAUGAGCUGUGGGCCCUGGAGCACGUACCAGAAGUACACAGAAAGGGUGACAGCAUUUUGAGUCCUGUGUGUGACCCUUCUGUUGUGGACCUGGAUCAGUGGGCUGUCUUCCCAGACACUGAAAAACAGUUGGGCUUUGCUGUGGAGCGAGGACAGGAGCAAGAGGCUGAAGUAUCACCUGAAAUCCAAGUAGGUGGCUGUCCUGAGCUGGUCAAGAAGAGGCAGGGCAGGGAGAGAACUCCCAGAAAGGCAGGUACUGCUAACAUGAACAAAGCUGGAGAAGAUGGAGAAAAUGAGCAGAUCAGAAGCUCUGCAGUUGCUCCAGAAUCUCCUGAAAACACUUGGAAAGCUGAAUGGGAUUUGCCGUGCCUCUCCAAACCACCCAUUGAAAGGAUUUCUGCAUCAGGCCAGAUUAAGUCUUUAAUCAAGAGGACAAAAGAAACCUCCAAUGUGCAUCCAAUGAGUCGUGACCUCUCUCCAAGGCGUAAAUUAGGUCCUGCAAUAUUUCACAAGACCGAGUCCCAAGAUCGCUUGAUUGAAGAGCUGCAGGACAGACUGGGAGUUGCUAAACAGGAAAAGGAGGAGCAGAAAAGCCAGAAUGGCUGGCUGACAGAGGGGGUCAUUGUCACUGCCCGACCCCAGGGGGAAGAGCAAAAUGGUGGACAGCAAAUAGAGAAGGUGGUAUUCCCUCCAGAAUCCCCACACCCUCGAAGGAGGACAGUCUCUGUGUCAGCCUCUCCCCCGCUCCAGCCUUCCAAUGAAGCUGUGAAGACAGUCCCUGCUAAUGCUUCUCCCUCUCACGUACCUGUCCUCCCACUGCCAGCUCAGCCCUCCCAUGCACUAGCUACCUCAGCUCCGUGUCCAGCCUCCUCCUAUUCCUCCCGCUUGGCUCCCCAGCCACUUUUCCAGUGGGAAGCUUCUGGUGCUGAUUAUCAUGAGCUCUCUGUUGUGGGCACCCCUCCUUCUGAAGAUCCUAGGCACUCUUCUCCCCAGACCUGGACCCCUAGCACCAAGACAGUCGUUUCUGUUGGCUGUCAAACAGAAGAUGAGGCUUUCUUCCCGCGGAUGCAGUUCAUGGCACAGGGGAAGGCCGGCGGCAGCAGCUCCCCACCAUCCACCACCCCCAAGCCUGGCAGUCAGCUGGACACCAUGCUGGGAAGCCUGCAGUCUGACCUGAACAAACUGGGGGUAGCAACAGUCGCCAAGGGUGUGUGCGGAGCCUGCAAGAAGCCGAUUGCUGGGCAGGUCGUUACAGCCAUGGGGAAAACCUGGCACCCUGAGCACUUUGUCUGCACCCACUGCCAGGAGGAGAUCGGGUCACGGAACUUCUUUGAGCGGGAUGGGCAGCCCUACUGCGAGAAGGACUAUCACAACCUCUUCUCUCCUCGCUGCUACUACUGCAAUGGGCCAAUCCUUGAUAAAGUGGUGACGGCUUUGGACAGGACGUGGCACCCUGAACACUUUUUCUGUGCCCAGUGUGGAGUUUUCUUUGGACCUGAAGGAUUUCAUGAGAAGGAUGGCAAAGCCUAUUGCCGCAAGGAUUACUUUGACAUGUUUGCUCCCAAGUGUGGAGGCUGUGCCCGGGCUAUCCUGGAAAAUUACAUUUCUGCCUUAAACACCCUGUGGCAUCCUGAGUGCUUUGUCUGCCGGGAAUGUUUCACACCAUUCAUCAACGGCAGCUUCUUCGAGCACGACGGGCAGCCCUACUGUGAGGUGCAUUACCACGAGCGCCGCGGCUCGCUGUGCUCUGGCUGCCAGAAGCCCAUCACGGGACGCUGCAUCACUGCCAUGGGCAAGAAAUUUCACCCCGAACACUUUGUCUGUGCCUUCUGCCUCAAGCAGCUCAACAAAGGAACCUUCAAAGAACAGAACGACAAGCCCUACUGUCAGAACUGCUUUCUCAAACUCUUCUGUUAAAGGCAUCAUAGAUGGGAGCUAAGCAUCUUUCUGCCGCCCCUUGUGGCAGUUCUGUCUCUUUGAACAUUACUGUGAUUUAGAAACCUUACCAGGCAGGGGAGGGGGCGGGUGGCAGUGCUCAGUGCUGCUGCAGAGAGGCAGUAGAUCCAGAGAUGAGACGGACCAUUAAACUGGAAAUGCCCUUGCUGUGUCUCAGUAGAGAGAGGCUCGGUCCCCUCAUUACGGUGUAUCUGUGUAUGACUGACAGCUGAGCUUAGCCCCAGGGCUCCACGGGGAGGCUGUCCUCAGCCCCUGCUGCCAGGAGCAGCUCUGCAUGCAGGAUUCUGCCUGUGUCAGCUCUGGGCAAACCCUGACACUUGCAGACAGCAGUUUUGACACUUGGCACAGUGAGGGCACCCCGUGAUCUCAGCAGCACCCUGCCUCUGCUCCUAGAGCCACGUGGCAUGUGUGACUUACAGACCAGAGCCUCAGCACAGGCUGCCACGGCCCUGCAAGGGUCUCUCCAGUUCCAUUACACUGUAAGGAGUUGAUACCACUUUUUGUUGUUGUUGUUUUAAGAGGAAUGAAGGUGUUACUCUGUGGGUUCUUCCUGGUUUGUUACUCCGUGCCUCUUCUCAGCACGUGGAAGCAGUGGGUGCUGUCCCCCUUCAGAAGCGUUGGUGCAGGGAGUCAGAGCACAGCACUGCUGCCCAUCCCCCGCAGGAGUGCAGGCUGUGUCCCACUGUCAGGGCCCGAGCUCCUCCCAAGGGAGGGGGGGAAGAAGCGGAGGGGUUUAAGAAGCCAGGAAACAAACCAAGUCCUAACUUUCUCUUUCUCCUUCCUCUCUUUGCUAACGAGAGCUGCCAGCCUUCGGCCCUUCCCCUCUCUGCUCCCGUCCCACGUGUGCUACUAAGAGAUGCUACAGCAAUAACUUUUAUACUGACUGUUCUGCCAAACCCCGGGCGGGCUCUGCGACACGCCCGGUUUUACUAUGGGAACGAAUACUGUAUCCUGUCUUUGAUAAGAUUUCUACACUGAUUUUCGAAUUCGUAUCUAAUUUGCUUUUAAUCCUCUUAUACAGAAAUUGGUUUUGAAGUGAUUUUAAAGAGAGCGACUUUUCUAUCAGCGCUGCGGUGGCGGUGCCGUUCAACCCAACGGGCGCGGGGCGCCGCUUAGCGCGGCUCGGGGCCGGGGAGCGCAGCUCGUGCUGCGGGGCGGGGCGGAGAGCCGCGGGGGGCGGAGCGCCGUGCCGGGCUGUGCCGGUGCCGCCUCCUCGCAACGGCGCUACGGGCGGGCCGAGCCCCGCAGCCCUCGGAAGGCAAUAACCGGCUCUGCCGGGCCUCGCCGCGUCGCCCCCCCGCCAUGUAACGCUCUCGCUGCGCUUUGCUUCCAUUUACGUUCUUGCAGUUACGCCAAUAAAGUUUGUACCGUUA